UGAAGUUAUUUUAAUUUUAUUACUGAUUUCAGGUAACCCAAAAGCUCUUAUUUCAACUAUCUGGUUGAAUAACACAAUGCAUCUAGGCUUGCGAGGAAGACAGGAACAUGUUACCAUGUUAUGGGGUGACCUUGAGUUGCGAAAGACGAAUGGCACAGAUGGGCGGCAAUAUCUUGAAUUUACAGAGAGGGCAACCAAGACCAGGAAAGGUCUAAAUGAUGAGCCAAGAAUGUUUAAACCUAAACUAUGGGAAGAAAAAGAUGAUCCUCAUUGUCCCGUGAAAAUGUACCUGCUUUAUAAGGAAAACAGACCAACAGUUGACCCAGAGAGUAGGUUCUACUUGCAAGUUAAUAGAUACUGGCAAACAAAGGGCAAUUGGUUUAACACUUGUCCUAUGGGAAAAGAUUCCCUCGGUACAAUUGCCAAAGCUCUAAGUGAAAGUGCCGAUUUCAGUGGAAAACACACAAACCAUUCUGGAAGAAAGACAUUCAUUUCCAAUCUUUUAGAUAAAGGUGUCCCUCCAAGAGAGGUUGCUCAAAUUUCUGGUCAUAAAAAUUUGCAGUCACUUAACCAUUACCAUUCCCUAAGCAUUGAACGCCAACAGGAACUGUCGGAGAUAUUACAUGCACCGCAAAAGAAAGACACACCUGGGACAAGUGAAACAAACUUCAGAACUGAUGAAAUAGACGACAGUGAACUAGUUAACUAGUUUCCCAGGAAGUUGAAAAAACACUUCAAAGUAUUGAAGUAUAUGAAGAAGUUCAAGCAACACCAAGGUUGAAUGUAGGCGUUUCUCAGAGUCCAGGCAGCACUUUUACCAUGGCUCACUUUAGGAAUCAACCACAGUCCAUGUUCAGUGGUUGUACUUUCAAUCAGCCUGUCAAUAUCAUUUUUAAGCUAAUCUUUCAAAUGAACAAUUUACUGAUAUGAGAUCAGUUUUUUUUUGUAUCCACAGAUAUAGUGUUUAAGGUUGAGUAAUUUGUCAGCGCAUCCAUUGACAAAAAAAGAAACAUUAUUUACAUUUGCAAUAUUUCUUUUUCCCGAGAUUUUGUUGGCAGAUAUACAAAUAAAUGCGUAA